AUGGUGAACGGGGACUCCGCGAACGUUCCGAGGUAUCGCCGAUCGCGUGGACCGACGACGAGGCUCAGGGUGUCACCGAUAGAGAGCGGAGACAGAGCUCGUGAAGUAUUGGAAAGAAUUAGCAUUCGUGGGGACGACGGACGCGUGGAGUCCGUGUGCGAUCGCACGCGAUCCGUAACGCUCGCGUUCGCAUCGGUCGACGCUUCGUCGAGGGCGAUGGGGCGUUUGGAGGCGUUGGAUUGCGGAUUGCGGUGUUCGUGGACGGAGCGGGCGGUCGCGGCGGGCGAGCGGGACGUCGCCGAGCGGACGAUGGCGCGUCGACGCGCGGAAGAUUUGGCGAUCCCGGGGCUGACGCUGAUUGAAAACUUCGUGAGUGUGGAUGAGGAGCGAGCGCUGGUGACGUUGGCGCGCGAGAGUGGGGAGGAGACGCGCCUGGCGAGACGACGGGUGAAACACUUCGGUUAUGCGUUUGAUUACGGGACGAGAGACGCGAACGAGCGGUGCGAGGCGAUUCCAUCGUUGGCUCUGGAGAUUUUAAAAAGAUUGAGAAGUGACAUGAUCGGAUACCAGAGCGCGAUACGAUGCGACCAGGUGACGGUGAACGAGUAUCCGCGAGGGACGGGACUGGCACCGCACGUGGACACGCACAGCGCGUUUGGCGAAACGAUUUUGUCGCUCACCCUGGAGGGGUGCGCCGUCAUGGAGUUCAGGACGAGCGCUGAGGAGAAUCGAGCGCUAUUUCUUCCCAGAAGAUCGAUGCUCGUGCUGAGCGCCGACGCGCGCUAUCGCUGGCAACAUUAUAUACCGCACCGUAAAUUCGACAACGUGGAGGGCGAAACCAUCGCGCGAGACGACGUUCGACUGUCCUACACGUUUCGCGAGCGACGAAGCGGACCGUGUAUGUGCGCGUUUCCCAUGCAGUGUGAUUCGCGCGACGGCGCCGAGUCCAAGUGUUCGAAGAGGCGCGCGGGGAAGACGCAAGAGUUCCCGGAACUCGUGGGUGAAUGA